AAGUUUAAUUAAAUUAAAUUAAAUGAAUUUAAACUAUCAACAGUCUGACCACUUAUUCCCAUGCCACCCACUGGGCAUUUCUUUCUCGUAGUAAACAUUUGUGUUCAGAAAUGUUUUCAUAAAUUGCAAAAAUAUAAUAUGGGAAAACCCCAAGAACCUGGCUAACUGCCGCACAUUAAAGCCAUGUCCCAGUAUAAGCGACUACAUUUGUAAAAUAUUAUCGUUUAUUUUCUUAUAAAUUCCACGCAUUAUCUACCUUUACAGGGGCAAAGUGGGGUAUAUUGAUGUCAUGAUGUCUUCCCAAAACUUUAAAAAAGUUUUGAGUUCUAUUUUUACCAAUAUGUGUUGACGAUUUUAUGUAACUGCCACCAAAGCGCAUUUAACUCAAAUUGUAAUGACGUUUUUGACUUGUGACGUUUGUCAAGUCGACCGUUAAGCGGCUGUAGACCUAUCAAUAAGUCUCGGCCUCAGUCUCACUCAGACCUCAGCCAGCUGUGGGACGGUCAGCAAACCUCUGCACGCAGGGAACCUAACCCUAAUCAUGGACCUUUUCGAGGACAUAGAAUUGACCAUCGCCUCCAUCCAGAGAGGAGAUGACUCGGAUAUAGUCCAGAAGGCGUGGAUAGAAGCGUUGCUGGGUGACACAACCCAAUCUCCUUCUCCACUUGCUUGUGCUCCUCCUUCUUCUCCUCCUCCUUCUCCUCUGGUCAGUUCCAAUGACCCGUGGAUGGAGUUCCAUCGACUUUCACCUCCAGGCCAGUCCUUUGACUUUUCUCUACCUGCUGACCUGUUCGAUCCCCAGCCUGCGCCUUUGACGACGGUUGACCUCCAGUCUAUCUUAGAACCUGCUGCUGGUGACUCGCUGCUUUACAAAAAGUCUCAGCCUUCACCUCCUCCUCUGGACUCCCUGUGGGCCGACCUCUGUCUUCAACCUUCUGCUGUUGCUGACCAGUUGGAUCCCCACCCACCACCAUCACCAUCACCAUCACCAUCACCAUCACCAUCACCAUCACCACCACUCCCUCCUCCAACAGUUGAUGACUCACCCAUAAAUCAACCUCAAAAGUCACCUCUUUUUCCUACCCCACCAGAUGCACCUGCUGUCCCGCCUGACAAUUUCAAGGACAGUCCCUCUGAAUCUUUGCCUCCUCCUCUUCCGUCUCCUACUACUACUGUGGAUGAUGCAGGGUUAGAGCCUAAGUCUUACGAUUCUCCUCCUCCUCCUCCUCCUCACACAGGUUAUGUGCAACCUGCGCCCCCUUUACAUCACACAGCACCCGUUGGGACAUUUUAUCUUCAACCUCAAGAUCCCCCACUUCCAACUCCCAUUGCUCAGGCUAACCCAAGUAUGGUGUAUUAUCAGCCACAUGUACCACCACCUCCUCCUCCUCCUGCUGCUGCUGCUGCUGCCAUGACUCAGGCAGAUCUGACAGAGGUACUGUAUCUACAACCUCCAACUACCACUGUCCUGUCAGACCCCUAUAAUGGCCUCCAUCCUUCAGUCAUGUCUCAGGGUUGUUACCUUCAGCCUCGACCUUGUUCCUGUGGUGCCGCUGGUCAAACUAACCAGUGGUUACUUCACCCUCAGUUUGUCAACAGACCGACCGCCCUGUUGCCAGGGAACGCGAUUCCUGUACGUAUAUCCAAUGGAAAGCUUGUGUACAGCAAUCCACCAAUGAUCCCGGGAGACAUCAACCCUACAUCACGCAAGAGGAAACAGACCAGAGUGAAGGAUGACGAUGGAAAGCCUUACAUCAAGAAGCCACCCAAUGCCUUCCUGAUCUUCAUGAAGGAGCAGAGGCCCAACGUCAUAGCAGAGCUUCAAAGUAGGAACAACGCUGUGGUCAAUGCUAUGUUGGGAAAGAGGUGGGCCGCCCUGCCCCAGGAGCAGAAGCACGUAUACUUCCUUGAAGCUGAUAAACUGAGAGUUCUUCAUGAGCAGCAGUAUCCUGACUGGUCAUCACGUGAUAACUAUGGCAAAAAGAGGAAGAGGGAGAGGAGGAGCAGCUUUGUCCAGUCUCAGUUCACUGGCCAAGAUGUUUGUUCUACAUAGAAACACAUCAUGUUGCUUUGAUGUUUUUAAAUUACAGUAAAGCCCACUAAAUGGUGCUAUUUUAAAGAACAGUUAUAUUAUGACUUGUUUAAAAAUGCCAAAAAAAUAUAUAAAUAUUUGUAUUGUAUAAUGUUUGUUUCUUGUUUGAUGGGGCAUUUACUUUUAACUCUAAAAUUGUAUUUUGACGUUAUUGUUGAUAAAAUUAUUAUUGCACAAAAAAAUGUAUUUUAAAUAUAUCUCAUCAACUUCAGCCUCAAUCACAGUCAAUUUUGACUGAAAAAUGUAUGAAAAUGUAUGCAAUGUUUGUAUGGCAAGAAUUGUUUGAUUACAUGUGAUUUACUUUAUUGUUGUAAGUGCACCUUAUUUACAAAAGAAAU